GCCCAGCGUCCAUCCAUGGAGGUGACCGCCGUGUCCCCAUCUCCCGCCUCAGCCACUGAAGGGGACGAUCUCUGUGACAUAGAUGUCACCAACGUGGCCAUACACAGUGUGACCCUGCUCAUCAGCCUCUGUGGGCUGGCUGGGAAUGGGGCUGUGCUCUACCUCCUCAGCCUGAAAGACCGUAAUAUUUGCAUCUUUGCCCUGGCCUUUGCUGACUUCCUCCUCCUGCUCUUCACAGUCCCCUCUGUCCUCCUUUUCCUGGUGGAGGAUGUGUCCUGCUCUCCUAUCAUGCCCCUGCUGUACUUGAGUUUCCUUUUCCAGCUCUCAGUGGUCUCCUACUACUGGGCGCUGUUCCAGCUGACAGACAUCAGCAAUGUGGUGAAUAUUUUCAAGCUCUGCUGCCGCUGUGAAUUUCCCGAGCGCCUGGUGUGGUUGCUGUUCAGUGUCCAGUACUGGGUCUUCAUUGCUCUCUUCACUGUCAUUCCUGCAGUGACAAACCUGUGCCCAUCAAACCAGCAGGAGCACUGCAUGGCAGCCCUCAUCUCUGUGUACACCCUCAUCCUACUCCUCUUGGCUGCACCCACGGUCAUUUCCACCACAAUCUACUUCAUUAAGGCCAAGUGGGGCUCCAAGAAGAAGCAACUCCAGAGGCGUGACAUCCUUAUGUACCUCAUUGGGCUCUUCAUUGUCUUUCUCAGCCUCUUCAAUUUCCUGCAGCAGCUUGGCUACACCAUUGUAUCUUCCGAGGUGGUUUUCCUGCUCAACUGCAUCCACAGCAGCAUCAAACCCUUCAUCUACUUCUUAGCAGGAGGUUUCCGGAGGCCCUGCUCCCUGAAAUCCCUCCAGCUCUCCCUCCAGAGGGUCUUGGAUGAGCAGGAAGGAGAACCUGCCCACAGCAAUGAGGACUCCAAGGACACAAUGAUCUGAGCCUGGUGAUCCCUUCCCCUGCUCUCCUGAAGGACCCUGGCAGAGUGGCUCAGGGUUUCCUUGAGCCACCUGAUCAAGAAAUACCCACAGGAUGCCCCUCCCUGUGGUGCUGGAUUCCUGCAGGAGAAGGCAGCAGGGGCAGUGCCUUGGGUGAUUUCUGAGGGAUGCUCUGCAGGGAGCUCAUUGGAGCAUGGCUUUUCUCCUCCCUCCUGGAUGCACAU